CACACACACACACACACACACACACACACACACACACACACACACACACACACACACACACACACACACACACACACACACACAUAAAACCCUGGAGUUCCUCCAAAGGCCUCACACCUCCUGCAUCAGACUCAGUGGCUACAGUUGUUGAGAGGUAAUAUCUGACGAAGGAUGCUGGUGUUAAAGUGGAUCAGCAUCACCCUGCUGCUGCUUCACCUGUCUGGCUCAGCCAUCACAUCCCCUCUUUCCAUGCACACGCCCGCCCCUCCUCUGCCCUCACACAUUUGGCCUCCCUUCCCCACCAUCCUCCCUUCUGGACCAUCUCUCUCUCUCAGCCUCCCUGAUUCUGCUGGAGGAGCCCGCUGUCCUCUCACCAUGUCUCCUCCCACCCUGGUGGUCAGGUUUGGAGAUCCAGUCAGAGCUAACUGCUCAUUGUCUAGGACAGGCUUCUCUCUGCUGGGAUGGGAGGUGUCAUCACUGGUGGCUCCUGAACCCACCAUGGAGCACUUUCUGGUUUGGAGUGUGGACAACAUGACCGAGUGGAGCGUCUCACCCGUGUGCUAUGCUGUGUCCAACCUGGAAGGAUCCUGUCACCUUCGACUGCCUGUUGUCGUGUACAAGCUUCCAGACAGCGUGUCCAUCGGCUUCGUCAAUCACUCCGGCCCGCUGUUGGAGCACCGCCAGUACACCCUGCAGUGCACGGUCCAUGACGUGGCCCCCGCCAGGAACCUAGUCGUGACCUUCUACAGAGGCCGAACUAAACUGGGGCGACUACAUUCCGACGUGACGGAGGAGACGCCCGUGACCGAGGUCUUCAGGCUGGACGUCCGCCCCGGGAGAGAAGACGCGGAGGCGCCCUACUGGUGUGAGGCUGAGGUACAACUGCGGCCAGAAGGCUCGCCGCAGAGACCCCUGGUGGUCACGUCGCAAAAACUCCCUGCCGACGUCCUCUUCGGCCCGCAGCUCCUCUGUCCUGCAAAGCUGCGGGUGAGGAUGGGAGAAAGCCUCCGCUGCGAGGUCAAAGGAAACCCCCAACCGUCGGUCAUCUGGCUGAAAGAUGGCCGCCGGGUGGUGCCUCCCCUUCACUCCAGGCGGGAGCACGCCGGGAAGUACACGGUCUUGGCCAGCGGGCCUGUUGGGCAGAGGAACGUGACGGUAGACGUGGAGGUGAUCACAAACCAAGGCACGGCACGGAGCAGUAAAAACCACUUCCUGUUGGCGGCCAUGCUGCUGACCCUCAACAGGCUGUAAAACCUUCCCAAGGAUCAAGUCUCAAGUCUCACUGCUGUUAGGACAUUUGCUGUCAUUAAUGAGGGCUUUCUCCCGAGAGCUGCUGUGCAGGUACUUUUACAAACCCCCAACAGAAAGGGGGAUUCAUUUGGCCACAUUCGUCGCGGUUUGCCUGACACAUGAAAUGUGACAAAUUUGGGGUGUGCACUAUCCACUUUAGCCGCCAGUCGGCAGUAGAGUGUUGAAUAUCUCAAAAUGUGUUUUGUGGCAAUUCCAUCUUUGACCACAGCCUCAGUUGAUGUGUAGAGUGGCGCUUUCCAUCAUUUCCAGCAGACUGCAUUACAACAUGAUAAACACCCCUGUUCCUUUCACGGGAAGUGGGCCAUAUGAAUUCCUUCCUUACUGUCCACUAGUCCAGUACUAAUAGGCAUACUUGCCAACCCUCCCGAUUUUCCCGGGAGACUCCCGAAUUUCAGUGCCCCUCCCGAAAAUCUCCCGGGGAAACCAUUCUCCCGAUUUCCACCCAGACAACAAUAUUGGGGACAUGCCUUAAAGGCAAUGCCUUUAGCGUCCUCUCUCACCUGAAAAGGUGACUAUUGUCUGUUAUCUAUAACCCAUAAAGUAGGCAGGCACGGAGCUAUUUCUCAGCGUGUGUUUAGUCCAGCCAGCACUGACACACAACAUCCGGAUUCCCAUCAUGCAUUGCUUCAAAACUACGGCAAGUAGUAAUGUCCAAAAACAUAACAGAGAUGAAGCAGGAGAACGAAGAAGAGACAUGGCGACGACGAGUAAGAAGAAGUACGCUUGCAAGUUCCAAACAAAUGGAACAAAUAAUUCAAAUUCAUCCAGGACAGCUCAAAGGGGAAGGGGUAUGCUGCCUGCACAUUUUGUAGAUCAGACUUCUCCGUUGAACACGGUGGCCGAACGGAUAUACUCAUUCAUUAACUGAUUACAUACAUACAUACAUACAAAUAAAUAAAGAAAUACUUGAAAAUAUACAGGCCCUCCAGCGAGUGGUUAAAUUACAAGGACGAUACUCCCAGAGAUGAGUGCCAUGUACACAACUCGCUGCCUAAAAGAGAGUACACAACAUCCUGAAGGACAGAUACCACCCAGCACAUGGCCUCUUCAACCUGCUACCCUCUGGAAGGAGGUAUAGAUCGAUUCACGCCAGGACCACCAGAAUGUCUCACAGUCUGUAUCCCCAGGCUGUGAGACUGCUAAAUGAACAGCCUGCCCGUUUGCUGCCCCGGACCAUCUUAUUACCUCACUCUUCACCACCUCAAUAAUUGUGCUCUGGACAUUGCAUUGCUGCAACAUCAACGUAACACCCAUCAGACAUCUGACUGUUCCCACCCCCACGACCCUCUAUUCGCCAUCUUUUUGACAAUGCUAAACUGCAGACUAUGGUCAACCUGCACUUCAAUGCAGUUUCUAUGCCGCUAGACAAAGCUCAAACAAAAUCUCGUUGACAUGUAUGACUUAAGUGUUAUUAUGACAAUGACAAUAAAGGAAUUGAUUGAUUGAUACACCUCCCAAAUUCAGAGGUCUCAAGGUUGGCAAGUAUGCUAAUAGGUCAGGAUUUAUUCAUUACUGGGUUUGCACUCAAACUGGAAUAAACACUUUUGCCUGCUCUUGGAAAAGCUUUUGAGUUUGGAGUCUGGGUUCUGACAUGACCUCUGAACUAUCUCACAACUGAUAGUCAAACUCAAUAAAGUCAGUCCUUUGAUCUCA